AAAAUGUAUCUGAGUUUUAUUUGGAAAAUGUCCCUGACAGAUGAUAGAUUUUGGAAAUAGUCAAUUGAGAUGCACAUUAUGUCAAGCUGGGUAACAUUGACUUUUGUAGACAUUGUCAGUAGGUUAAACUAUAGCAGCCCUCUGCUCCUUUGCACACUUUUGGAAAGCAAACUGGUCGCUUUCAGUGUUUUUUUUUUUUCUCAUACUGCAGCCCCCGACCCACCUACACCCACACUUUCCAUUUGGGGGGAAAGUGGUUUGUUUGCUCAUUGUGUGAUGAUUAACCAACAAAUACCAGGACAUAAGGAGCAAUAUGGGAAAAUAAAAUCCUGUACAUAAUUUUAUCCAGGGAAGCAGAGCAAACUGAGUGUAGCCUCAAAAUAAGAGUUGCACCAUGAGGGUCAGGGUUACUUUUAAAUUUGGUACAAUCGUGAAAGUCAAAUAAUGUCUUAAACGUGUUUAUUUGACUUUUCAUGUAACCGUCUAUGACCACCUAAUUCAUUAACCUUUAUUUUGGAGAGCCAGAGCAGCCGCUGUGGGUUUGACAUUUGUUUCCUCCUCAGAGAAGUGCUGAUGUGUGUCCUCACAGUGUGCUUGUGUGACCAGCAGAAGCCAGUACGAUGGAAAACAGCAGACGACACAACAGACUCGGCGCUGCUUUCUCGAGAGAGGCUGCCGGUCCGAAGGGAACAUCUGAUGAGAACCUUCCAACAGCUCUGCCCGUGCGCCUGGAUGUGGUCAUGGGUCCUGAGCGUCUUCCUGCACACGAGGAGUUGCAGGAAAUGCUGCGAGGGAAACUGCGCAUUCAGCAGGCCAACAGCACUGAGCUCAGCGCUCUCGUUGAGGAGUUGUCUGCUCACCUGGUCGCCGUCGACAGUGAAGACCGAGUGAUUUUUGUCACGUUCAAGGCAUUCGAGGAAGUGUGGAAGUUCACAACCUAUUUCACGCACGGUCGGCUGAGUCAUUGCAUGGAGCAUCUGUUGUUUGACCACAAGAUGUGGCUCCUUUCUUUGGAAAACCGGCUUGGAAUCGAAGUUUCCACUCCGGAGGACACGCUUCAUGUUAUCUACACGUGGGUCCUCAUGCAAGAAGGGUCACUGUUUGCUCGCUGCGCCGCCAGCCAGAUGUUUGACAGUUGCACCUCCGGAGCUGACCUCUACCUGGAGCAGGGCGACGUUGCGCUCUUCGAGCCUCCCUUCCUGGACUCGGGCUGGACUGUCCUUUGCCUGGCCGACGGGGCCCGAGGCACCGCGCCCAAACCUGCGCUGGAGCCCGUCAUACCUUUUCAUCAGUGGUUUCUUAAGUCUUGCGCUGAGAGCAUUGUGGUGGGUGAUGGGAAACCCGUUCGUGACUUCCCUCUACACUUUGCCACAGGCACAUGUGUGGCCGCCACGCGAUAUGAUGCUGAAGGCCCAGAUGAGCUCAGCGUGUCCCCGGAUGAUCGCAUCAUCAUCGUGGGACGACUGGUGUCCUGUCACGACUGGUUCUUGGGCAUGAAAGAGGAAACGAGAGAAGCGGGUCUUGUGCGGACGAGCCAGGUGAAACCCUCGGGCGACACCUAUGAGUCGGUAAACGCUGUUUUAGACGGGGAAGAAGUCGACUUUUUCAAUCUGCAUGAAGACAGCGUCAUUGAGGAAACUACUGCUCUACUCAAGAGCACGUCUCAAAGUGAUAUUGGCCCUAACUACAAACUAGAUGUGUUCAGUUACCAAGACUCCAAGACCAAUCGGUCAAAAGGUCCUUCGGCCCCAGUUCAGCCCGACUUCCUGGAAAAUACGGCGCGGCUUCUCGAUGGACAAAAGCAUCGAUCCCCUCAGUGUGUUUGUACGAGAACCCAAGAGGAAGCGAUGGAUCCAGUUGAAGGCCAACGCGCAGAGGCUCCUUGUUUCACUGUGCAACCAGCUGAAGAAAGACAACGCACGGAGAGCACCACUUUUCUGCUGUCCUUUCUGAAAGGACGUGAAUACAAAGAUGAGUUCGGAGCCUUUUACAUACUAAGUCCCGAACUUGUGUCCUCCUCCAUCUUCUGCGGCCACUCAUGCGAGGACGAGUUGAUUUCCUUUCUGUCCGUCGCCAGAGAAACCGCCAGGAAGAAACAGCUAUUGUGGUCCCAGACUCGUUUGUGCUUCCUGUUGGGCAAGUUCAGUGCCGCCAAGUCCAAAUUCAGCCAGGCCCGUGUUUACUUUGAGGAGGCGCUCGGCGUUCCCCGGGAAACUUUCGCAGACCUCAGGCUGUUGGCGAGCAUUUAUUCCAACCUGGCUGGCGUUUAUCUGUUACAGAAGAACAGGGCGAGCUUCUUCGGCAUGUCCGAGCGACUGGCGGCCCUGUUAAUGGGCACGCCGUACUGCCUGGAAUGUGUGAAGGAAAGCUCGGUUCUAGAACACGCCCUCAAGAGGGCGAUCUUGUCUCAAAACGCAAUGGCUGAAGCCCGAGCUUGCUAUCUUCUGGCGAGGCACCACUGGAUUCAGAAAAAGAGGCCAAAAGUUGUCCCUUACUUAGAGAGGCUCCUUGUUCUUUGCGCAGGAGCUCAGGGAAAGUCGAGCGUCUCCCCCAGCAGAGGACAUUUAACGCUAGGGAGGCUGCAUAGGGAAAUGGGCCUCCGCCAUCUUAGUAUUUGCUCUGCCGGUAGCGCGCUGCUGCAUCCUUCUGCGACGCUGACCGACGGCCUCAGCAGCCUGCUCCUCGUCUCAGACAACACCACCGACAGGGACUCGUUCCCAGCCCAUGUGGCUCCAUAUUUGCAUCGCUGUCUCUCCUUGAGCGACAGUCAAGGGGCGCCAGGCCACGAACGACGUUCGGUUUUGAAGCACCGGCUGGCCCUUUGUCUCUCGCAGCUUUUUUACCAACACGGGAUGCUCGGCCACGCCAUCCGACUCAUGCGCGCUCUUAUCGGCGCCGCCCCUUCCUCCCCCGACAUGGCAGAACACAAGAUCGCCCUCAUCUGGCUGGCAUGGCUCCAUAUCCACGACCUUGAACCGAACGUGGGGCUGCACAUAUUAGACACGGUCUUGGAUGCCCUGCCGCAGCACUGCUCCAUGCCGUUGGAAGGGCUGGUACUCAACAUGCGCGGCGUGGCACUCGGGUGCAUGGGUGACAUUCGGAGGGCAGCGGAGAGCUAUCACGCCGCUGCGGAUAUCUGCCAGGAGUACGAAGACACGCCAAACUGGGCGGUGGCGCUUGCUAACCUCGGCCUGCUGUGUCUCAAGGUUGGAGCUAAAGGACUAGCGCAGAAGCACCUGAUGGAGUCUGUGCGGCUCUUUUCCGCGCUGGAUGGAGGACACGAGACGACUUUCAUCGCCGUGCUGCUGCAGCUGGGACAACAUUGCGUGAAGGAGCAGCGGAUGCAUUAUGGGAAAGGAUGCUACGAGUGGGCUUUGCUGCUGGCCAUCAAAGCGAACCUCUCAGACUGCCAGCUGACGGCGGUAAGACGUCUGUGCCACCUUUACGAGUGGGAGAGUCCAGACCGGGCCCGGCGUAUCAUCUACAGCCAGUACCAGGUCCAGCUGCUUCAUGGGACGCCUGAUCGAGAACGGGAGGGCGACGUGCAGGAAGCCAUCAGCCAGCUCUUCCUCUCAUUGGCCACCCACAGGGCCUAUCGCGCAGCUCUCGAUCACACCAAGAGCAGUCUGGCUAUUUUCAUCGACCUGGGCUGUAAGGAGAAGGAAGCGUACGGAUGGCUACAAGCCGGCAAGCUCUACCACCUCCUCGGCCAGGUGGAACUGGUGGAACUUUACGUGCAGGUGGCUCAGGAUGUCGCUCUGAGCACAGGAGACACCAAGUUCAUCUUGAAGCUUCUGGAAGCUGCAGGUGAUGUCUUCUUCAACAGCAGCCAGGACCGAGACAAGGCUAUCAUGUACUACAGGGAUCGCGCUCUUCCCAUCGCCGCCAAGAGCGGCGCCGCGUCCAGCAGGCUGAGGCUGUGCAACAAGCUGACAGAAGUCAUGCUGAAUCUCCAACUGUACGGGGAGGCUGUGGAGUUUGCUCACACCGCUCUGGACAUCAGCAUCACGCUGGGUCAGCACCUGAACGAGCGAGUGGCCUACCAUCGUCUGGCCACCUUGUACCACCGUUUAGGUCAGUGUGAGCUGGCCGAACACUACUACCUGAAGACCUUGAGCCUCUGCCCGGCCCCCCUGCAGUUCGACGAGGAAGCGCUCUACUACGCAAGGGUCUAUCGGACCUUGGGCGACAUCCUUUUCUACAAUCUGAAGGAACCUUUUGAUGCGGCAGGCUACUACCACUUAGCUCUGGCCGCAGCCAUGGAUGUGGGAAACAAAAAGUGGCAGCUGGUGCUGUGCACCCGCCUCGCCACCCUCUACCACAACUUCCUCAUGGACCGCCAGCUCUCGCUCUUUUUUUACAAGAGAUCCCGAGGCCUCGCCGCAGAGCUCAACGUGAGGAGGAUGAACACGGCGGUGGACCGCGCCAGUGUGGCAGUUUACUAGGGGCCGCCGGGGCGACAGUAAGAAAUGUCUGAGUAUCACUGCACGACUGGACAACAUUUCUGCACGUCCGCUGUGUUGCAUAGUAUAAAAUGUGUCUAUAUAUUUUUUUCUUUUGGCAAUAUCUGUGUAGCUCUGGAAUAUUUUGUCGCAUUGAAGCUGCCAUGAAUUACCCCGGAUUCCAAUCAUCUGAAAAUUACGUAAUCGGGCCCGAUUUUCCGAUCACGUAAUCAAGAUCCCUACUCAUAAGACGUACUCGUUUUAGUAGUGCCCUGAAUAGUCAUUUUGAUGUGGAAAAUGAGCAUACGAUACGGAAAAAACUGAGGCAAAGUCGGCCACUUGUGCAGUGUCGAGUAAUGUCAGUGUUUACCCACUGAGGGUCAGCGUAAUCUUGUUUCACAGGAGGAAUUUGGGUCCUGCCAAGAUGCAACCCAGCGGCCAAAAUAUUCAACAUACAAAGCAUGAAAUAAAAUAAAAGUGACUUAUGAGAGGAACUCAGUCAUAUCUGGAUGAAGCAAUCUGGUCAUAUGCAAAUGUGAAAGAUGCUUGCGGUGAAUGUGAGUUGCGAGCUGCAAAGGACAAUCGAGAUGUCCAAAACACUUUUGAAUACAAGGGGGGGAAACAACUACAUUUGGUUUGAAUAGGCGCUAAAAAUAUCAGUCAGACUGAGCAAUGGGAUCGUGAGGCUGACAUAAUUAGAGCAUUUGCUUAUUUUAAUAGUGCACAAGAGUAUAUUUAGCUGCCGCGUGGUGCAUGCGUCCUUAGGAGAGUUGAGUCCAAGGAGAGACGUCAUUCCGUGCCAUACGUUAGCGUUACUGGAGGUUUUUUUUUUUUUUUGUUCGCUCUCAAGAUUGCUUUUCCUGUUGCUUUCCAAACAGUCCAACUUUCAAAAGUCGGACUAACCCAGCUCCGUCCCCAACGAAUCAAAGCGAAAGUCACAAAUGGUGCGUCAGCGAACCCAGGCGGACGAGCCGCCGAGGUAGGAGGGAGGGAAUGGCACGGCAGAUUAAGGGUGGCGGUAGGAAGAAGGCAGCAGCGAGAGAUUGAUGUUGUGCCCAGUCAGUGUUGCUGCAGUGGCAAUUAGAUAAGAGGUCUGGAUCAGCAGUCCGCGUGCUCAUGGCGCAGUCAGCGCAAGGCUAUUCAAGAUGAAGUCGCUGACAUUUACAUGGCCACCAAAGCAUAUGCUGUGCACAGUUGCCACAAAAAGAAAAAACUCACCUGGGUGCUUGUCGUAUUUGCUUCCGUGUCUUUUGACACGUCACACAAGUGGACAUCUUUCAGACAGACUCUCAUUAGGAUGAACAGUUGUCCAACUAGGAAAGAAAGUCAAGACAAUUAAAGAGGGUGAGGCAUUUAUGGAAAAAAAAAUCAUUGUUAUUUUGAUUGAUGUUGAAAUCGCGAUGAAUAAAAAUGAUGUACAUUGGUUUCAAAACUCAGUAUUAAUUCAACUACUAAAAAACAACUCAAAACAAACUUCGUAGCCUCAUGCCCAUUCAUUCGUACACGUUGAAUACUUUAUUCUUGAACGUUCUUCUUUGUUGUUAUGCACAAAAUGACUGUGUAAAUAUGUGAAAUUCAAACCUCUUGCAUUUUCAUUCGACUGCAGCUUUGCAGGAUUGCAUCUUUGCACACAUUCAAGCAUCUCCCUUAUCUCUUUAUCAUAGUUUUUAAACAUUUUAUUUUGUUGUUCUGUUUUUAUUUUCACACGCUUUGGGACUUUACCUGGGACCUUGGGUAUUUAUUUCAUGCCAUAACGUGGAAAUAUGUGCUGGCAAGACAAAAAAUAUAUAUAUAUAUAUAUAUAUAUAUAUUUUUUUUUUUUUUUUUGAAUUCUUCAAAAUACAACUUGAAGUCUAACUUAGAAGAACAACCAGAAAAUAAAUCAGUAACAAAGUAAGAAUAUACUGAAAUAAUGGAAAUAAUAACAAAUAAAAUGAAAAUACCGUGUGUUCCUGCUGUUCGCGUUUUGACCUCUUGGGGGUAGCGGGGUGCCAUGGAUUUAUGCAGUAAACACUUACAAUGAGAGUAGACGUGUAGAAGAAGAAAGUUGCAAAUGAGCUCUCUCAAUAUAACUCUUUUUUUUUCACAGAUUACUGACAAUAUUUGCCUUUGUCUAUUUUUAUAUUAAUUGUGUAUGUGUUCCGACGGCGUUUCUGUGUGACUAUUAGUUAUUUGAAGAAAUAACACUGCUGGAAGUUGAUGCUAAUUUCCUGUUAGCGUGUUAAAUGGAUUUUUACAUUGACUUUAGCAUUAGCACUGGCGAUGUUUUUAAAACGAAGCAUGUCUUGGAUUUAAAUUAACAUUGUGUGUAAGUUUUUAUGUUCUGUGUUUAGUUUUACAGUAAACUCCACCUGGGAUGUCCUGAAACAAUUUAAUAUAAGAUUUUUUUUAAAGUGUUGUUGAAUUCAUGGACAAUGAGUGCAGCAAAACAAAAUGUGUACUGCACCAGAUUCCCACUGCCGUUGCCCGAGUGCGCUUAUGCGCGUGCGUGUGUUUUAAUGUACGUGAAGGAGAACAGAGAGGCGGGAUAGGUCGGCUCGAUGGCACUUAAGUUGAUUAAAAUCGGUCCACUG